CCCUUCGGCAUGGAGAGCCAGCGGCUGUCCUCCUACGGCCGCCGCUUCGGCCCCACCGCCCCCGGGUACCGGGUGCUCCCCACCAGCCCCCCGGCCCGGCUCCGGGCCCCCCGUGCCCGCAGCACCCAGCCAGGACCCCGUGUGGGUGCCCGCCUGGGGUCAGGCAAGAUGGACUUCUCGCUGGCGGCGGCGCUCAACUCGGAGUUCAGGGAGACGCGCACCAACGAGAAGGUGGAGAUGAUGGAGCUCAACGACCGCUUCGCCAGCUACAUCGAGAAGGUCCGGCUCCUGGAGCAGCAGAACAAGGUGCUGGUGGUGGAGCUGAACCGGGCACGGGACCAGGAGCCCUCCCGUCUGGCCGACGUCUACCAGGAGGAGCUGCGUGACCUGCGGCACCAAGUGGAGCAGUUGGCCACCGCCAAGGCCCGUCUGGAGAUCGAGAGAGACAACCUUGCUGAGGACCUCGGCAGCCUCCAGCAAAAGCUGCAGGAGGAGGUGACCCUGCGGCUGGAGGCCGAGAGCAACCUGGCUGCCUACAGGCAGGAUGUGGACACGGCCACCUUGGCUCGACUGGACCUGGAGCGGCGGGUGGGGACCCUGCAGGAUGAGAUCGCCUUCCUCCGCAAGGUCCAUGAGGAGGAGCUGCGGGAGCUGCAGGAGCAGCUGGCCCGGCAGCAGGUGCACGUGGAGGUGGACGCGAGCAAGCCCGACCUGACGGCCGCCCUGCGCGACAUCCGCAGCCAGUACGAGGCCAUGGCCGCCAGCAACGUCCAGGAGACCGAGGAGUGGUACAAGUCCAAGUUCGCUGACCUGACGGACGCGGCCGCCCGGCACGCGGAGGCUCUGCGUGCGGCCAAGCAGGAGGCCAACGAGUACCGGCGCCAGCUCCAGGCCCUCACCUGCGACCUGGAGGCUCUGCGGGGUUCGAAUGAGUCUCUGGAGAGGCAGCUGCGGGAGCUGGAGGAACGCUACGCCCUGGAGACGGCUGGAUACCAGGACACGGUGGUGCGGCUGGAGGAGGACAUCCGCAGCCUGAAGGAGGAGAUGGCCCGGCACCUGCAGGAGUACCAGGACCUGCUCAACGUCAAGCUGGCCCUUGACAUCGAGAUUGCCACGUACCGCAAGCUGCUGGAGGGCGAGGAGAGCAGGAUCACCAUCCCCAUGCAAAGCUUCUCCAACCUGCAGAUCCGAGAGACCAGCCUGGACACUAAAUCCGUGUCAGAAGCCCACAUGAAGAGGAGCAUCGUGGUCAAAACUGUGGAGACAAGAGAUGGAGAGGUGAUCAAGGAGUCCAAGCAGGAGCACAAGGAGGUGAUGUAGGGCAGAGGAGCCGCAGCAGCCACACGCUUGUAGCCGUAGCUCCGUAGGUCCCACCCGACGCUGCGAGGGAGCCCCGCGGCUGGGCAGGAGUCACAGGAGGAGCCGGCGAUGUUUCGGUGGGGGGCAUCACCUUCUCCCCCACCCUUCGCCUCUCUCAUGUCACCCCCUGCCCCAGGGACCCCCCUGACACCCUGCUCAGGGCCAGCUGCUGGCGAAACACCCGUCUGACCAGGCACUGUCCCAGGGAGAGGGUCCAUCCUGUUUCGAUCUCCACGCACUGGUUGGACAAGAAGAUGGUGCCAAGAGCAUCUUUCCCUGCAUCCCACCUCGCUGCCCACUCCCCAGUCCAGAAGGCCAACCCCAAUCUCCCCAGUGCACCCAGGCCCUGAGCAUCUUUGGGGGGGCUGCAGGGUGCAAGGUACCAGCUGCUGAGGGACAUUUCCCUGUCACCAAGUGUUGGGUGGGCUUAACCAAGAGGCCCAGCAGGAGGAAGAGGAGGAUGGAGAGGCAGGGUGCUGUCAGGAUGGUAUCAAAGGGUGAUGAAAUGGGUAUAAUGAGGGGUUCCUGGGGACGCUGAGGUGUCCAGGGUGGUUUGUGGGCCUGGAGCAGUGGUGGGCACAGCAGGCUGGGUGGCCUCAUGGGCUUCCAUGGGCUACAGGGUUGUCAUGACCCCCAGUGGGUGUCUGCCACCAAGGUGUUGCCAUUGCUGUGGUGGAAAAAAACAGCUCCAAGGUGCUUGUGGUGAGGGGUGACCCAUGGCCCCUCACCCGGGGGGGUCCCACGCAGGUGAAAAUGGAGAGGAGAGGAGGGGAGUGAAGAGGAGGAGGAGGAGGAUGCCAGGGCACCUAUGGGUGCUCUGGGAGCAGGAGGUGACUCCCGUGACCCAGGAGUGACACGGGAGGAUAGACCAAGCCAUCCUCAUCCCGUCUGUCCCACCUGGGAUCACACUAGGAGCUGGGACAGCAGCCAGGACUGCCCCAUCACAAUCCUAGCACGUGGAGCCCAAGUCCACCCCAACCAGGGGCAUUCAAGACGGGGUCAGAAGAAAUCCCUUGUCCCUGGGCUCCACGUGGCCCUGUCCCCCCAUCCAUCCCCCGCCCAGACCAGCACAUGCCACCGGUCACCCAGGGCCAUCGCCCAGCUCGGUGCCCACCUGCAGCCCCCGUCCCCACCUUCGAUUUAGCUACUGACCAUGAGUGAAACCUGCCCUGAUGCCACCUAACACAGCAGCAACCACCCAAGCAGCGCUUCUCCUGCCCCAUAAGCCCUUUGGGAUGGGCACACUGGAUCCACUGGGGUGCCAUCCCCCUUGUCCCCUCUGUCCCCCUCGUCCCCUGGCUGAGGUGCUGAGCACGCUUUGCAGCUAACGACUCCAGAAGGGCCAUUCCCAGGGGCAGGAGACCUGGGUGGUGCCCAGGUGUGGCAUGUGGGGUGGGAUGGUGGUGGCCCAGGAGGGGUACCAGCUCUGACUGGAGCUUUGCAGCCCACGUUGCUACUGAACUAACGCACUAACGCCUGCAGUGGCUGGAGAUGACAAAUAAAGCUAACGCAAGCACCGUGCUUCCAUGGUCGUGCCCUCAA